AUGGCGCCGAAGAAGGCGAUGAAGAAGGCGAAGGGCAAGGCCGCGGGGACGAAGGGCACGAGCGCCCUGCGUCGCCCUGCUGCAGCUGCGAAUUCGUCGUCAAAGCAGGAGUGGCAGUUGGCGGUGAGGGACUUGCCAAAGCAGGGGGCAGUAGUCAAAGCGAAGUUCGACGCCGACGAGGACGAGGGCCAGCGCAUUGACGGGGAGGCUGGUUCGAGGCAGACGUCGCUGUCCCAGCGCCGCGUCUUCAAGAUGUGCAGGGAGAGCAUCUGCCAGGAGGACUUGGACAAGUACGACUGGUACAAGUCGAAAGAGUGCACCAUCAAGGGGAAGGAGCGCUUGGCCAACGAGAUCAUCAACGCGUACGUGCCGAGGGACGUGGGCUACGGCGGUCGCAUCAAGCCCGGCAAGAUGGCGCUGCAGAGG